GUUACUUAGUUUAGCAGUCACGUCAAAUGAAAACACUUCUAAUGAUGCUAUGUGAUUGGUCACUAUCACAAAUUCAGUGACCUUCUUUCAACCUUUCAGUCAUUUUGCGAAACAAAAUAUGAUUUGAAUAUUGGUCAAGCAAAACUGAUUACAAUUCUUAGAAACCGCACCUGUCAAACAGGUCUAUAAACACCGUCCUGUGAUUGGUUAAUAUUAGUAGACGCUGAUCACAAGACUUCAUUGUUGGACGCUCCUAACUUAACUUCAAACCCUCCCCGUUUUCCGUCUUCAAACAUGGAUAUAAAAACCUUGCUAAACAAUCUUCAUAAAGAACUAUCCUGUCCUGUGUGCCUGAUCACAUUCACUGAUCCAAAACAGCUGCCAUGUUUACACAGUUUUUGUCUUCACUGCUUGAACGGGAUUCAACGAACGAGUGGCCGCCAUGAUAUCAUAACCUGCCCGGAAUGUAGAAAAGAGAGUAGAGUCCCUAGCAGUGGAAACCUGAAGGACCUGCCGACCAGUUUUCGAAUCAACAGUUUGCUGGAUGUGUUGGCCAUCAAAGAGUGCAACACUACAGGUGCCAAAUGUGGAAACUGUGACAAGAAAUGCGCUCACAGUUUGUACUGCUUCCAGUGUUGUGCAUUCUGGUGUGACGACUGUAUCAGUGCGCACAACAUAAUCCGAGCUAAUAAAGAACACCGUGUGUUGGCGAUUAAAGACUUCCAAGAUCAAGACAUCGAGGACGUGUUAAAGCGGCCAGCAUUUUGUGGAAAGCCAGGACACGAAAAGAAAGAACUGGAAUUCUUUUGUAGGAGCUGUAAAGAACCAAUUUGUAGCUCUUGUGCUGCAACCAUUCACGACGGCCACGUUAAAAUACUUUUGGAAGAAGCGGCAAAUGAAAGAAAAGCAGAAGCGAAGACUGUCAUUGAAUCUCAAAAGGAGAAGGCCCAACAGAUGAGAAAUAAAAUCUUUCAGGUUGACCAAAACCGUGCAAAAAUUCAAGAAAAAAUCGCCAAUGUGAAAAGGAGCGCGCAGCAGUUUGCUGAUAACAUUAUGGCCGUUAUCGAGGCAAAGAAGCAGGAGAUCUUCAAUUCAGCUGAAAAUCCAGGAAAGCAAUCACUCGAGCAACUGGGAAUACAAAAGAGUGAGUUUGAAAAACAAGCUCAAAAAACUGAGACAGCAGUUGAAAAAGCUGAAGCACUUCUGAAGCGAAGCACAAGCGCUGAGAUAGCACAGUUAGACAAGUCAUUGAAAACAAUCUUUCCGGAAGAAGUCAAACAUGAAGGAGAACACGUCGACUGUGACCUUGAAGGACUUCGACGAGUUAUUUUUGAGGAAAACGAAAAAUUGCUAGAGAAAGCAACCGCUGAAGGAAUCGGAUCUUUAAAAACCUUCUUGAGCAAGACUGAAGCGCAGCAAUCAAAUGCCGAAGGAAAUGGAAUCAGUGAAGUUAUCGUUGGACUUGCAGCACAGUUUGUUUUGACGACUAAAAACGAUGAAGGAGAACAAUGCUAUGAAGCGCAUGACUGUGUAACAGUGAAAAUGAGAAAUCGUCAAGGACAGGACUGCGCGACAGAAGUCCGAGUCGAAGAUAACCAAGACGGCAGCUACAAGAUUAGCUACUUCGCCAAAGAAACUGGAAGAUGCCAUUUAUCAGUAAAAGUAAACGAGGAACACGUCCAUGGCAGCCCAUUUGCGGUUCAACUCAAAGCCAGAAAGUUCAGACCCGUUGUAUCGUUUGGACAAUUAGGCUCGGGCGCUGGAAUGCUAAUUUUCCCUUGGGGAGUUGCAGUGAAUAAACGUGAUGAAAUUGCAGUGACUGAUGCUGGUAACAACAGAAUUCAAGUAUUCAGUAGUGAUGGAACUUACUUGAGAUCGUUUGGUACAAAAGGUGAUAAACAGGGAGAAUUGAACUAUCCUCUCGGGAUAGCUUUUGAUCUAACGAACGGGAAUAUUUUAGUGGCGGACCGUGAAAACCACCGUGUUCAAUUGUUCAGUGAGCAGGGUGAGUACCUGAACCAGUUUGGUGGGAAAGGAAAUCUUGAUCACCAGCUUUUGUUUCCCGUUGGUUUAUCAGUAGACAGUCACCGUAAUGUUACUGUCGCUGAUUCAGGAAACAAAGUAAUUAAGAUAUUUUCUCACAAUGGCCACUUUCUACGUAAAAUUGGCGAAGAGGGCUCUUUUAACCAACUCUGGCAUUGUGUCCAAUAUGGCAAUUAUCUUAUAGUAUCAGAUAGUGGUGAAAAUUGCAUAAAAGUAUUUAAUAAGGAUGGAAAUAUUUUGUACAAAUUUGGAAAAAAGGGGUCAGGGGACGGGGAGUUCGAUAAUCCUUUUGGCUUGUCAGUUAACAAAGCAGGACACCUGAUGGUCUGUGAUAGAGGGAAUCACAGAGUUCAGGUGUUCGAACUGAGUGGAAAGUUUGUGGCAAAGUUUGGAAAAAAAGGCAGCGGGAUAGGAGAGUUUAAGAAUGGACUAUUUUCUACAGCAGUUCUUAGUGAUGGUAGGAUAGUUGCAUCUGACUGGGGGAACCAUCGCAUUCAGAUCUUCGAGUAGAUCGACAUGAUGUCCAGUCAGCUCUCAGAAUAUGCGAGGUAAUUUUUAAAUUAGAAAUUUCUGACCAUUCCUUAGUCGAGAGUAGUGUGAUAUGGGUUAAAUCGCUCUAGCACGACAGAUAGUCUUGGAUUAUCUCUUAAUUUUACGUUUGAACUAUUGACUCUUUUAUGUAUGAUUGCAGUUUUUGGUUUUUACCAAGUGUACCUGCAUGUUAUAGCAAGUCACGGCUCAGGUCGAUUCUCUGGCUCAACAAUUUUAGAGAUUUUAAAUUUUUUAUCGAAAUGAAUUUGCAUAUUAAGAGGUUUGUGAUUCUUUGAUGUGUAAGCUUUUAAAGCUGCUUUGGUAUAAAAAGAAAUCCCUAUUUCGGGGAGGUAAGGUGUUUGCUGAAUCGAACAAUCGAAGAAUAGGACAAUGAACGUUGGUCUGAUUUCAAGAAUGGAAAAAUUGGAGAAUGGAAGAAAUUGAGAAACCAAAAACUUCUCCCCUUCAUAGAUACUAAGAUAAUUUAUAAUUACCUGUAAAAAGUUGGACUAAUUUUGUGCUUAUUAUUUUUGCAUGUAAGAAACAGCAGAUCCAGCCAAAUAAUUUUUAAUUUAAAUCUAACUCAUGUAGUUUAAACUACUUAAAAGAAAUGUAACCCAAGCAUUUAAGUCUCAAGUGAUUGUCACCAUCUAAAGGUCUCGAUGGAAUCGGAGAUGAUGUAAUCUCAGUUUAUCAGUUAAAUUUUCGGCCAUUUCUCAGCAAACAUUUCAAAUUUCUCCCUAUUAAUGAGCUAUCAUUAAAUUUUGCAGACCUCGAAACUCAGCUAUCUCUAAAGAAACACGUCAUUUUCCCUAACUGAGAGUUAAAAUGUCUGACAUUUUGACCAAUUCCCAGUUAUAUGAGUUACUGGCCCCUCCAGACCCUCAGUUUCAAUCACUUAAUUAUGUCAUAAGUACUUUCAUAUUUGUGUUAAGUUCCUAAGCAAGCUUUAUAUCGUUGAAAUUUUGUAAAUAAACAGUGUUACAUUAGCAAUGUUGCCGCAACAACAUAGUUACCAAUAAAUUAUAUCAUACAAGCUUG